AAAAGUUCCUCUUAUACAUUGUUAUGAUACUCUUCGCUUAAUCCGAAUACAUUUGAAAGGUGUUCGUUUUUAACUGAUGAAUCGAAUACGGUAAAUUGAAAUGAAAAAAAAAAUGUAAAAAAUCUUUUCAAUUAUUUUGAGGAUGUUUUUCUAAGUAUGUGUUCACCGAAAGGUCGUUAGUACAGUAUAUUAACAUUAUACACUUAUUUGCACAAGAGAAAUUGUAUGUAGUUUCGGACAAACGUUUUGUAAUCUUCCGGAUGUAUUAUCACGUCGAAGCUGUCAAACUAAAUAAACACUUGGAGAGGGUAGGCUCUAGAUAUCUCUGUUACUAGGAUUGUAAAGCAGUUUAAUUUUUAUCAAAACAUUUAAGCUACAAAACAAUCGGAUAAUAACGUGUAGUGUUUGUGACUAAUAUUGUGUUUGGUUGUACCUCUGUAUGAUUUAGGAAAUAAUUAAAGAUUUCCAGUUUCCGAUUUCGACUAUGAAUAAGCUUCCAGUCUAGGAGAUCGGAAUGUUUCGUGAGUUUCUAUUGGUAUAUUUUGUACUAACAGGAGUUUCAAAGGUUUUGUGUAACUGUGGAACAUUCAUAAGUAAUAUUCCCGAAGUAAAAGCUGUAAACGAGACUCAUACAGGUGUCAUUUGGAAUGUUACUGUAGAUCCUUUGACAAAUUGGACAUUUCAUGCUACAAAAGUGAACAGUUAUGACAUUACUUCUAAUUUGGAUUUACAAAUGAAAGUUGAGAAUUAUUUUAAUUUUACUAAAACUUCAGACACUAGUGCGUUUCUUUCAUUUAACAUUAUAAAUAAUUCUCUAGACAAGGAAGAUGCCUUUUGGAGGAAUACAAGUAAAGGCGAACUUAAAGAAAUCCAUUUUAAAGUUAACUGCUUUGGUUCGGACAACGUCCCAAAGGAUAUCAGAAUUAUCAUCGAAUCUGUGAAUGAAUUUCCUCAGCAUUUCAAUACUUCGUUUCCUAAAAUAAUUAAAGUUGACGAGAAUACGAAAAAUGAGACGUCAGUGUUGAAUAUAUUCCCAUACCUAAUUGACGCAGAUAUUCCUACACCUCAGUUGAAAGACUUCACCUAUACAGUAAAAUCAAGCAAUGGUCAGAAUGAUGGUACACCAUGGUUCUACAUACCCAUUGCAUCCUCGGAUAACCUUCGAGUCAAGGCAUCUCCGGACUUUGACCAGCUUCAUAAAAAUAACAUCAGCAUUUUAACUUUAAUAGUUGUAGUCAAGGCGAUUGAUGAAUCUGGUUUUGAAAUAAACACUACUCUACAAAUAGAAAUAGUUGAUGUCGAUGACUUGCCACCAUCUUUUCAGUAUCCUGGAUGUCAAAACAAUUGUUCAGUUACUCCAUAUGAAGCAUACACGGGACCUUCUUGGCGGGGACCUGUAAAAGUACAACCAACAGAUAUAAUAGCAAAGGAUCAAGAUUCUCUCGGCUCUAGUAUCAAGUAUAGCAUAAAGAAAUCUCCAAACAACUAUCAUUCUAGUUUUGAAAUCGACCAGAGUACCGGCGUCAUAACACAGAUUGGCGACGUGCUCACAAUCAAUGUUUUGACAAUUGUUGCAACAGAAGAUACUGCUAAUGGAUUCUCGCAGACUGCAACAUUAUUGAUAAGACUUAGUAAUGACUCUUCAUACCUUCCCGAAGCUUCUAAGGUUAAGGAUGAUUCAACCAAGUUAAGAUUGAUAGCAAUAGUCGUUGGUGCUAUUUCCUUGGUUAUUAUAGGAAUUCUCAUAUUCCUUGUGAUAUUUGUGUAUAAACGAACAAAGAAGAAAAUGACUGUUGUUCCUAAGGAACAGUCACCAAACACAACCGUUGAGGACCUAGUAUCAGAUAGACCGUCAACUGUUGAUGAGAAAGUAAAUAAUUGGAAACAGACUAUAGAUCCAAUGCAAUGGCCGACGGUCACUAGCAGACGACAACAACUUGAUCCACUUCAUUUGAGGGAUGAAUCCACCGAAACUGAAGAAAGUAGUAUAAAGAAGAAAAGACCUAGGAAAAAGAAAAAGAAACUAAUGGAAAUAUUUGAUGGAACAAAACAAUAUGAUGGUAAAGCUGAUAUUGAAUUUUAUAUGGAACAAAAUAAGAAAAAAAUAAAGCGAUCAACAAAAAGUAAAAACAAGAGGCCUGAAACUGGACCUUUAUUUGUCAAAAGUGACUAAGUAAUGAUAUUGAUCAUAUAUAUUUUUAACGCAUAAUAUAUAUUUUAUAAGCUUCUGAAAUGUCCAAGUUAUAGUAUUAUUUCAACCAUAGAAACAUUAAUUUGGUAAAUGUGUUUUAUUCAAUUGGUACAAAAGUCAACGAUCAUUCGGUUUGUUUUUAUGUUGUUUUAGUGUUUGGGUAGGUUUUCCCCCCGAGACAAAGUUUUUUUUCAAACUUAACAAAAAAAGAAAUAUUUUUACAAUGACAUUUAGGCACACAUUUCAUGUUCCUACUUUUUUGAGCUGUGUACUCACUAUUAUGCAUCUGUUUAGGAUCAACAAUAUUUCUAAUGAGAAAAUAUGAGGUAAAUGAAUCCUGGUUCACACAUUACAUGUUUCGUACAAGGCGUACCCCCCCCCCCCCCCCCCCAAAAAAAAUACAUAGAAGGAUGUUAUUUCUAUUUCAACUUUACAUUAUGUUAUAUGCAGAUGAUGAUCUCCCUGCAUAAUGGUCUUGUAUGCUGGUUGUUAAUCUACCAAAUUGAAAUCCUGUGUGUAUACAGUCAUACAAGCUUCGUCCGCAGUCGCCAGUGUGGCAUAUUUAAGUUGCUUAAAUUAUAUUUUAAUUGUUUCUAGAUUUUAUGUUUUGAGAAUCUGCUGUCACUUUUCAUUUACAUUGAGCUUAAAUCAUUUUUAUAUAUCAUCAAAUUAUAUGAGAUAUUAGUUAGUCACAGAUCAUUUCUACAGUAUUAAGAUAUAUUCACUUAAAGUUUUUAACUAGAUAUAUAUAUAUAUACUAUAUUAUGCCAAGCAAUGCAUAGUUCAUCUGGUGACUGAAAAAUAACUAACGACACAAUUAUUUCCUAUCAUAUAUUUGACAAUGAUUAACAGUUUGAUGCAUAUUAGGACAAAUGAUUUCUGUACAAGUUGAAAAUAAUCAUGGGUUGAAUUAUUUAUCUAAAUUGGUGCCAUUUUCAUGUCGAAAUUAAAUCUACUGUACAGACUCUUUAAAAUGUAUUUGCCCAUGAAUAUUAAUUUUGAAGUACUUCACAGAACAAAUAAUAUAUCUUAACCCCAUUUGCAUUUUUUUCUUUUGAAUAAUAUGAAUUUAAUGAACCGAUUUACAUUCAAUAUUGCAUAUUAAGCACAAGUAUUAAAAAGACAAAAAUUGGAUUGGAAACAAUUGAAAUGGCACGAAAACCAACAUUAGCGCUAAUAUGCAUCAAACUUCAGAGGAUAUUGGAAAAGAGCAAAUACAAUCCAAAUUAUUCACAUGACUUUAAUUGACUAAUUUCCCUAUUUUCAGAGUCAUCAAAUGGACUAUACCAGUUGUGAUUGCCAGUAUUAUGAAUGAUAAUUUCAGUGCAUGUUAUUGGGAGUGGAAAAUUAAGAUCUGUUAACCCAUAAAUGACAUUGUUUGUUAUUUAAUUUUAUAAGACAAAUAAUUUAAGGUUUAUUUUUAUUGCAUUUAUUGUAUUUUUAAUUUAUUAAUGUCUGUAAAUAAAACGUAUUUUUGUA